GCGGGACUCGGCAGACAGCUGGAGGAGAGACAGCUUGGAUAUCAAGCGUCUUGAUGGGAACAUCCGCCCGGUUACAGCAUUACAAAUACGAUAUUUCCAGCAAUUCUUCUAGGAGCUGAGGGGAAUACACGUUAUUAAUAGACUCGGUUAUUCGUCUUGUAUGGAGCGGAACAACCAAUUUGGAAAGUGCGUUUCAUUACAGGCUACAAUACGCAGUUUAGCAGAAUGCAAAAGCUGCAGAAGAAAGUUAGACAUCUGACAGACAACUGCGUCAGAUAGUCUGCUGCGACUGGACUGCAAUCAUGUAGCCACUUUUUUUUUUUUUUUAAUGUAUGAAUUCAGAAGGAUAUGCCAUUUGCAGUUGCUAUGCAGGACACUUUGAAGAGUAGCUCGUAGGUUGUGAGGUGAACUCUCGGUGCGGGGAAAGCAGGACAGAGAGGUUUAUUUGCGCUCCCGUCCACGUCGUUUGCAGCUUCUGCCACUCAAGCCAAACAUGGCAAGACUACGGAGGAAAGCUUGCAUAGCCCUGUUUCUCUUUACGCUAUUCAUCUUUGGGACCAUGAUGGGGCUGAGGACCCUGAAGCCCAUUGACGGUUUCUCGGAUCUGGCUCCGGGCUUGGAGUUCCUGCCGAUGAUAGAGGGGAAGAUGGACCGGAGAUCCGUGUCCCGUGACGCCACCGCGCCCUCGGGUCAAGCCCGCCCGGCUGGCAGCAACACCAAAGCAGUUUUGUCCAACUCCGGACCCGAGGGGUCCAUAUUUUAUGAUGUUCAUAUUUUUUACUACACUUGGUACGGCAACCCACCGAUGGACGGAAAAUACAUCCAUUGGGACCACAUCCUGGUUCCACACUGGGACCUCAAAAUCGCAUCCAGCUACCCGAGAGGGAGACACGUGCCACCCGAGGACAUCGGCUCCAGUUUCUACCCCGAACUUAAUCCGUACAGCUCGAGGGACCCGGACGUGUUGGAGUCCCACAUGGAGCAGAUAGGGGCAUCUGCUGCAGGGGUUCUGGUCCUGUCUUGGUAUCCUCCCGGCUUUGCUGACGACCACGGGGAACCCUCUGAGGAUUUGGUACCAGCUGUACUGGAUGCUGCAUAUAGACACAACCUCAAGGUUGCUUUUCACAUCCAACCAUACAGAGGACGAAACGACCAGAGUGUGCAUGACAACAUCAAGUAUAUCAUCGACAGGUACGGUGACCAUGGAGCCUUCUACAAGUUUACUUCCAGCACAGGGAAGAGUCUUCCUCUAUUCUACAUCUACGACUCCUACCUGACUCCUCCAGAGUCCUGGUCUGAGUUCUUGUCUCCCACCGGCUCCCACAGCGUGCGGGACUCGGCCUAUGACUCCAUCUUCAUUGCCCUGAUUGUGGAGGAGCGCCACAAGCACGACAUCCUCGCAGGGGGCUUUGAUGGCAUGUACACUUAUUUUGCUUCCAACGGUUUCUCUUUCGGCUCUUCUCACCAGAACUGGAAGGCAAUCAAAGCUUUCUGUGACGGCAACAAUCUGCUGUUCAUCCCCAGCGUUGGACCCGGUUACAUCGACACUAGCAUCCGGCCGUGGAACAACCACAACCUGCGCAACAGAGUGAACGGUCGCUACUACGAGACGGCCCAGCAGGCGGCGCUGAAUGUGAGGCCAGACGUCGUCACCAUCACAUCUUUUAACGAAUGGCACGAGGGCACGCAGAUCGAGAGGGCGACGCCCAAGAAAACAGUGACCCGUGUGUACUUGGACUACCAGCCGCAUGGACCCGAUCACUACCUGGAGUUGACCCGCCGCUGGGCAGAGCAGUUCAACAAAGAGAAGGAGCAGUGGCUCAUGUGAGCUUUCAUCACUUGAAGUGGCAUGCUCUAGUGGAAGUGUGUGUAGUGUACACAUGAAGGGGAGGACAGAGGGGAGUGAAUGUAGACACUGGUCAGUACAGAUGUGAGAGCAUGAGGACAUGCGUUUACCUUUAACUUGACCGGAUGUUUCUGCGCAUGUGUAUUUUAGUGCACACAUACAGAUGUGCAAGAAUAGGACUCUGUGUCCGCGGUGUGACUCGUCUCUGUUGAGUUUCUGAGUAAAGCAGCGUCGCAGGUUUAUUCUGGGGACGUUCUGAAACGCUCUGGAGGCCGACUCUGGUCUUUCAUUUCACUAAAUGCAACUUAAAGAAGAAUGGUCUCAAACACAGAGAAAACCGUUACCAUGCGAGGGCCUCGCUUCCCGCUCUACAGAUAAAUAACAGAAUUGAUUACAAUAACCAGACACUUAUGAUCGUCUCAUCUCGUCUGGCGGUCACAUGGAACGAGACACUGAUCAUCUCUUUACCACAGAGAUGACUUGGUGUUUUAAAGCAGCACGUAGACGUUAAGCAUGCAAGUGACGAGAACAGUUUAGCAUUUUGGAAAAUACUUUAAUUCACUUUCUGGCAGUUACACGAGACGAUUGAUGCUCGUCUCAUAUCUGCCUGUUAAAUAUGAAGCUACAGCAAGUUAGCUUAGUUCUGUCCAACAGCUAAUUUAAUAAAAACACAUUAUACCUCAUGCUUUAUUUACCUCAAGUGUAAACAAUGACAUGUUGUGGUUUUACAACUAUUCUUUGGCCAGAUGACUCUCUGCUGGUUGCCUGGCAAUGAUGCAUUAUGGCUACUUCAAUCUUCUUAUCCAAGUCUCGGCAAGAAAGCGAAUGUUUAUUUCCCAAAAGGUCAAAUGUUAUUUUGUAUGAUUUGAAAUAACAUUUCAAUAGUUGUUGUAAUAUUGUUCGAGGCUUGCACCAGUGAAACCCUCUUCGAAGAAAGGAAAAGUAUAUUAGUUGGUAGGUAAAAUAAAAUACCCUUAAAGUAUUUAUAACAUUCAGAUUGAGAGUGUCAGAGUAUAUUAAUCCAUAUGGAAGUAAAGAGGCCGUUAAAGCGUAGUUACGCUAAACUUAUGGUUGUAAAAAAACUCCUAAUUUUGUUAAAUUGUUCCCAAUAUUCACAAAGUUACCUGAUAAUUAAUCUGAGUUUUGGUUGAAUUCCCUUUAUGUGAAGAAGCCAUGUUCAUCGUGAGCACACGUUACUUUCUGUCACUUCCAGUAGAAACGACAGAAUCAGGAGUUCAGUGUGAAGGCCGAGGCUCAACGUUCAGAGCGGCCGUGUGAACAACAACUUACCGAUU